CGAGCCAGACGGAAGGCCAAGGCAGAGAGGGGGAGGAGGAGGCCACAAGACGAGAGAGCAGCGGCGAGAAGAAGAGGAGGCCACCACCAUAGCUGAGGAGGAGAGGAGAGGAGAGGAGAGCCAGAGUAGUAGGAGUAGCCUAGAGAGAGAGAGAGGGGAUUUGUAGCGAGAGGAAGAGGGUCUCUCUAAUCUUAGCGGAGUGAUUUUGAUUUUGGUUGGAUCUUGUGGUGUUUGGUGGUGAGGUUUGGGGGAGGAAUCCGGGGAGGAGAGGAGGGGAUUUUGGAGGAAGAUCGGGGGGCGCAUGUCUCAGAUCUGAGGAUGGACCGGAUCCGGGAGGGGAGCAGGAGGGCCGGGGUGUCCGGUGGUGGGGGCGGCGGUGGGCCGCCGCCGCCGCGCCGGCGGCUGAGGAGCAGCGGCGGAGGCGGCGGGGGAAGCGGAAGCGGCGGGCCGAGGGACUCGCCUCGCUCCGAGAGGCGGCGGGGUGAGAGGUUGAUGCUCAACGGCGGCGGCGGCGGCGGCGGCCGGGACGACGACGACGACACCUCCGACGAGAGCCUCGGCGACGACGACGAGGACGCCGACGAGGAGCUCGCCGCGUCCGCGCCGCGGUACCCGCCGGUGCAGCGGCGGUCGCCGAGCACCGCGCCACCGCCCUCGCCGCCCCAGCCCAGCGGCGGCGGCGGCCAUCACCAUAGCAGUAGCAGCAGCGGCGGCGGCGGCGGAGGCUACCACAACCAUCACCACCAUGGAGGCCAGCCGCAGAUGCAGCGGAAAGGGGGCUCCAAUCCGAAGAGCCCCAUCGUAUGGAAGGCCGCCGACGAAAUGAUCGGCGUGCCGGUUCCGAGGAAGGCUCGGUCAGCUUCUACAAAGAGGAGUUCGCACGAGUGGUCGGUCCCCGGCGGUGGAAGCAGCGGCGGCGGCGGCAGCGGUAGCGUCGCUGGAGACACCUCACAGAUCCAGCGGCCGUCCUCACGGCCGAUCUCUCCAGCGUCCGGCUCUACCACCGGACCUGCAAGGAAGAAGCUGAAACAUCUUGGUGGCAGUGGGAGCAGCGGCGCUUCAGGGCAAGCACCCAAGCAGCGGCCUUCGCCGGCAUCAGCUCCGUCGACAGCGCCACCGCAGCCUCCCCCGCCGAAGAUUUCGAAGUCGCCGUCUUUCAUUCAGGAGGAGAUCGAGGUCGCCGAAGUUCUCUUCGGCCUCACGAGGCAGUUCCCGUGUCCUUCCAAGCCAGUGGAGAGCAACCACAAGCUGGAGGUCAGGGACGCCCCGGAGGCCAAGUCCGGGAACUCCUCGCCGGCCCCGUCGUCCUCGGUUGCACGGCCAUCCGAUUCGACAUCCGUUGCUACAAUAGCGCCAAAGAGGAAGCGGCCACGGCUCGUCAAGUACGACGACGAUGUCCGGCCAGCGAGCCCGGCGAAGCCAGACUUGGCUGAGCCGUCCUCGAGGCCAGAGACGCUUCCGGCAUCAAGAUCGGAUGCAAAGGCGUCGGUGUCGGCCGCUACCGACAGUGGCACCACCACCGCCACCGCUGGUGCGCAGCACGAGGCUAUGCGGGAGCAGGAGAAGAGGGAGGACCAUAGGAGUCGAGAUUCGGAGCUCCGGCCAGGCGAAUCAGAUCGCCGGGAUCACAGGCCGGAGAGCCGGGCAGAGCCGACGCCGCCGGCGCAGCCCUCAGGCAAGCCGGAUGGUGAAUCGGCGGCGGUCGUCUCCGAGGCUAGGAACGGCGAGGCCACCGCCGCGACAAAGAUUGAGCUGGCAUCUGAUGGAGCUCGGCAAGAAAAGUUUUGCAUUGAUCUCAUGGCUCCUCCUCCUGGGAAGUCUCCUGAUAGAGAUGGUGCUUCCGACCCUGAUGUGGAUAAGAAGGGAUUGGAUUCUGAGAUGGACAUGGCUGCGAGAGGAAAUUCCGAAAAGAAAGACGCAGAGAGGCCACGGAGAGGGCUGGAGAUCAAUUUGGAGGAUGAUAAGAUGGUGCAGAGGAUGCCAGCGGAUGAGGUUGCUCCAAAGAAACUCACGCUGCAAUUGGAUUUGGAGAAGCCCAGCCUUGGUGACGAAAAGUCCCCAUCAGAACGACGGCCACAGCCGGCAUUGCAGCAACAGAAACCUAAGAAUGAGAUAAAGCAUGAAAAAUCUGCAAUGCCUGCUGUUACACCACCUAUGCCGAUACCUGUUGGAAGUUGGCUGGGGAGUUUUCCACCAUUUGGUUACCUCGGUCCUGUACCGGCACUAUCAGCUGCUGGUCUUCAUCAUCCUAUGGAUGUCAAGCCAGGGUCUUCUGCUGGAUUACAGCAUGCUGCAUUGCUACCUCCAGUACGGCCAAAGCGCUGUGCUACGCAUUGUUUCAUCGCUCAGCAGAUCAGGUACAACCAGCAAGUGACAGCAAAGAUGCAGAACUUCUGGACACCGGCGACGGCAGCAGCGGCAGCCGCCGCCGCCAGUAGAUCGGCGGCGCCAUUCUUUGGUCCACGACCAUUCAACAUGGGUGUGGUGCCGCCAGCGGAGGCUGCCUCCCUUCUUGUGAAUCCAAUGCAGGGGAGCUACCCUGUGAGGGCCCACGCCCCCCUGCAAGAAGCCAAGGCUCCUUCAAUGGCUACCUCUCCUUUCCAGGGGAGUCUAUCAAAGGAUAAAGCAGCAAUGAACAAUGCUGCUGUUGCUGAGUCAAGCCAAAGAAAGCAACCUCCGGCUCAUGAAGCACAACAACCCGGUCCCGUGCCGAACAUGCUGCAAGGCCCGGCAUUCAUCUUUCCAUUCAACCAGCAACAAGCUGCAGUUGUGGCUGCUGCUGCAAAUGCUGCCAGCCGAGUGGGUGAUGCAAAGCCUUCUGUGGGCAGUAAUACAAUGCCACCAUCUGCUGCUGCCCACAAUUCUUCAGCAAACCCUGGCGCAGCGGCCAUGAACCUGAGCUUUGCCAACUUGCCACCAGCUGAUGCUCAGCUUUUUGCCAUCUUACAGAAUGGCGGCUACCCGUUCCAGGUUGCUGCUCAUGCUGGAGGACCUCCUGCUGCCUAUCGAGGCAUGGCACCACCAGGACCUGCUGUUCCGUUCUUCAAUGGGCAUGUUUACCCUUCUCACAUGUUGCACCCAUCACAGCAGCAAGGGGCGUCACCACAAAAUCUUCAGAAGAACCCCAUGUCAAACAUGUCCGCUUCAUCUCAGAAGCAUCAGCCACAACAAUCUCAAGGGUUACUGGGAUAUGCACCAAAUGCUAAUGCUGCUGCAGCUGCCAGUAAUUCCCAGAGCUAUUCCAGUGGCAACCAGCGUCCAGUGCUGCUGCCUGGCCUUGCUCACCGCCAGGACAGUGAGAAAACUGUGCAAGAUGGUCCAUCGGGUGAUGACAAGUCAUCUCACCCUCAGAAAGGAGGUUAUGAUCAUAAUUAUGCCGUUCCAGUUCAUCUUCCAAAUUUUGCAUUGAUGCCCCCUACUUCCGCUGCUGGUGGUGGUGGUCAGAGUGACAAGAAGUUAAGUGAUCACCACCCGCAUCAGCUACCACCGGCGAGUCGAGGGCAGGGUGUGAGAAUUGAUCUUGCUUCCUCUCCCUCUUUUGUGGUUCCUUUUGGUUCUGUGGGUGCUCCUGGAUCUGCCCCAGGUGGCCUUGACUUUUCUUCAUUGGGGCCGAACCAUCAACUAUUCCAGAGCCAUCAAGAAGCAGGCAGGCAUGGUUAUCCUCAGCUCAAUUUUGCCACAGCGCAAUCUGUUCAAGCUGGUCAACACAAGCCCCAGCGUCAGGUCAGUGGAGAAACAAAAUCUGUGGCUGGUGAUUCUUCAACGCAUAACACUGUUGACAGUGAGAGAAAGAAAUCAGCAGCUGCAAAGUAUCCAGGUGAUUCACAGCAGCAUUCACUUUCCUUCUCCAGGCAAGAUAACAAGUCUUAUGUGCCUCCUUUCCUUAGUGGAAGCACUAAUGAUAGCUCAUCCCGCACCUUGAGCCUUAUUGGGUCAGAACCUUCAAAUGCCUUCAGUCUAGGAGGCAAAUCAGCAAAUACAUCGGCCCCGGCAGCUACAUCAGCGGCAGCACCAUCCCCAUCCAGCAUUCCUCAGCAGCAGCAGCAGCAGCAGCAGCAACAACAUUUCCUUCAACUUCAUAAGCAGCAGCAACAAUUGAUUCAGCAUCACCAUAUGAACUCUCGCCCCAGAUCUGCUGCACCAAGCAAUACAGGUGGAUAUUCAGACCGCUUGAACAUGCCAAGUUUUCAGGGUAUGAUGUACCCAUCAAGUGCUGCCCAAGUGGGUGUUCCUAGUCAAUCUCCUCAAUUGAAGCCUUCGUCAGCCAGAGCAACAGGUGCACCUGCUGGUGUGGCUUCCCCUGGUGCUUCACCCUCUAAUUUGAUUGUGAUGAAGAGUGGUCUCCAUCAGCAACAAGCUAAGGCUCCUAUGCAGUCUCUCUCUACCUCAAACCACCAACCCCAGAGUUCAUCAAAGAUGGGUCCUGUCACUAAUAUGUCUACUGGAGGAGGGGAUUUGUCAAGAUCUUCAAAUGCUCCCGUUGCUUCUGGUUCACCAUCCAAUUCAGUCUCCAAAAGUACUGGUGGCAGCCCACCGGCUUCUGGAAGUGCAAAGGGUGUUCCACCAGCUGUCCAAUUGCCGUCACCUCAACAACAAUCAGCCAAGAAUCCAGCAUCGACGUCUGGAGCCAAGUCAGCUCCCACAAAUCACUAUAGUAGUAUGCCUAUGCCAUCGAUCCUUGGUCAACAGCCAAAUGUGCCGCCUGGUUCUAAUUCAGGCAGUAAGCAGCAGUCGCACAUGAUGAAACAGCAGCCAUUUCCACAAGGAGGUCAUUUCUUCAUCUCCAAUGCAUACACACCACAAGCCCCUGGAGCUGCUGGAGGUGUUGCUCUUGGCCUUUACCAGAAGCGCUCAGCUGACAAGACGCAGCAGCAGCAGCAGCCCCAUCAGCAGAGCGCCAUGUCGGCUGCAGCCAGCAAUAACAUGAAGACUCAUCAUCCUCCCGCUGGCAGUUUUAUGCAUCUUGCCGCAGCAUCUCAGUCUCCGAGCGGUGUGCCUCACUCUCAUAUGUCAGCGGCACAAUUGACUUUUGGGGCCCCAAUGUCAAUGUCUGUAAAACCAUCAAGUGAUCAGAAGCCUGCUGCUGGCAAGUAAGAUGUCGAUGCUCGGACUUCAGGACGCUACUCUGGACUUGCGAGCUAACUGCUAAUUCUGAAUAUGCGCGAACGGAGCUACGCCUCUUGGACCCCAGAAGAAGCAGAUCGCAGCAACAGCCACAGGCGCAAGAGCCUGUUUGCUGGCUGUUAAUCGAAGAGGACGGCGCGCCCAUUCCUUUGCUGGAUCAUUUGCUAACUGAAGUAUUUGGAAUGGUUGAUGGGAGUGAUACUUUUGUGUAGUAGGUUAUCCUCUCAUGAUGGAAAGCUGGAGGUGCAUAGAAUCUCUUUUUAGCAGUUUUAUGCAUGGAUGUCAAAAGCUGGUCUCUUUCUCCCUCUCCCAACUGCUUUAGCUUUGUUCUUUUUGUUGUUCUCUUAACUGAAGCAAAAUUUAAUUAGAAUGCAGGACAAGGUAACUUUUGUGA